GAAGAAAUCUGUACCAGCUGUGAAAUCGUCGGGCAUUGACACGGCGCUGAUGGGACACGGAGGCACGGAUUUUUACUUGAUGGACGGGUUCAUCAAGGCUGUUUCGAAAAAUGAUCCCACCCUGGUCUUGACAGGAGUUGAAGAAUCUCUGAAGAGUCAUUUGCUGGUGUUCGCUGCAGAAACUGCUCGACGUGAAAAUCGAGUUGUGACAAUCCAGUCAGAUCCUCAAUUCUUCACCAUCGAUCUU